UUUGGACACUUUAACCCUUCAGUGCCCAUUGUAGCAGAAAUGCAACAUGUUUCAAAUUAAAUUAUAUUAUAUGAAAUAUAAUAUUUUUUAAUUAGGUAGUGCUCUCUAUUUGUUUAAGAAAUAACUACCUAUCAGCUGUUAUAAACACAAUAGUGAUUUAGUUGAUAACCAUUGCUUAGUUUCCCGCCAAAAAAUGUUUUCUUAUCAUAUCAUCAAAACAACCGUUGCGAGCUUUUUUUUUUUAAGUUUUUUUGUGUCUUAAAUACUAAUUUAUUCGUCAAACAAAAAUUCUACGUAUUCAGGUAAGUCUUAUAGAUUCUAUUUAAGUAAAGAACCAUACAUUUUAUUCAUUUUUUUAUGAAUUACAAUACAUUUUAAUCAUGUUGCAUAUUUGCUACAGUGGGCAAGAAGGUAACGAUAUGAAUCGUAAUAAACUCAACGACGAAGAACUAUUACAGAUCCUUUUUAACACAAAUUGGUCAGACAGUGAAGAUGGUUUAGAUAAUUCUGACCACGAACAAGACCUUAACAAUGUACAAAUACCUGAACAUGUUGAUUAUCCUACUAAUGUAAAUGAUGAAGUGAGUUUUGACUUAUUGGAUUUGCCUGUGGAAAUGCAGUUUGACACUGGUGAAACAUUAAUUCUACCUUCAGAUUCGAAAUCAAAUUUGACUUAUCAAAACCAAAACACAACACCUAGACGCAGUAUAAGACAGGCAUUUUCCUCACCAACAGAAAGUACUAGCAAUACUACCAAUCAAUCCCAUUCAAGACCAAAAGAAAAAAAUAUUGAAUUGACAAAUUUAAAAUGGAAAAAAGGUAAUUUGAUCACACCCUCUGCAUGUUUAAAAUUUAAUGAACCUACGCUUCAUAAUGAUUUGCUUUCGCUUGAAACACCGCUUGACUUCUUUGCUUACUUUUUCAACAAUGAGCUUUUGAUUAAAAUAAAAGAAGAAACUGAAUUGUAUUCAGUUCAAUUAAAUCCCAAUAAACCAGUCACACUAAGUAUUGAUGAAAUAAAAAGGUAUUUGGGCAUUUGCAUUUAUGCUUCUGUGCUGCAUGUGCCAAAAAUCAGGGACUAUUGGUCGGUUGAUUUAGGCUUUCCUUUGAUAUAUAAUACUAUGAGUCGUAAUAGAUUUGAGCUUAUAAAAAGUGUAUUACAUUUCAAUAAUAAUGCAACAAUGUUAUUGCCAAAUAACCCGAACCACGAUCGUCUUCAUAAAUUGAGACCUAUAAUUGAUCAUUUAAAUAAUCGCUUUUCGUCUAUUCCUUGUAAAGAAACUUUAUCAUUAGACGAACAGUUAUGUGCUACUAAAGCUAAAAGUUAUAUGAAGCAGUAUCUACCAGAUAAACCACACAAAUGGGGAUUUAAACUAUUUAUUUUGACAGAUACACAGGGAUAUGCUUAUCGUUUCGAAAUUUACUCGGGCCAAGAAAACAAUCCAAUAUUUAGAAAAACAACUGAACCAGAUUUUGGAGCGUCAUCAAAUGUGGUGAUACGAUUAACAAGAAAUGUACCAGUCAACAGCAACCAUAAAAUAUAUUUCGACAACUAUUACACUGCUAUACCGAUGAUGGAAUACUUGUACAACAAAAAUAUAUAUAGUUUAGGUACAGUGAGACUUAAUCGACUUCCUAACUGUCCUUUACCAGAUAAAAAUCAAGAAAAAAAAAUGAAAAGAGGAGAUUCAAUUGAAUAUAUUACAUCUUAUAAGUCCGCACCAAUAUCUGCAGUGACAUGGAAAGAUAACAAGGCAGUCAAGUUAGUAUCAACAUACUGUGGAGAAAUUCCAAAAUCCGAAAUGACCAGAUUUGACCGUAUAAAAAAAUCAAAUAUUAUUAUUGAUUGCCCGAUGCUUAUAAAAGAGUAUAAUAAGCACAUGGGGGGAGUUGAUCUCUUAGAUAGCCAUAUUGGCCGAUAUAAGAUUCGUUUUCGUUCUCACAAAUGGUAUAUGCGUUUAUUUUACCAUUUAAUUGAUCUUACGGUUGUAAACUCGUGGACGCUCUUUAAAAGAGUUAAAGAAAUAAAAAAAGAAAAUUCAAACAUAGAAUUGGCUGAUUGGAGAAAACAAUUAGCAUUUACAUUAAUCCAAUCGGGACAAAUCAGGACAAGUGGACGUGGACGACCAUCAAGUUCUUUAGAAGUAAAAAUUGCUAGUACAAGACCACAGUCAUUCCGCCCCAUUAAAGAAGUGCGUACUGAUAAGUUUGACCACUGGCCUCAGAUUACGGACAAACGGGAAAGAUGUAAAAUGCCUUCAUGCAAAGGUUUUACUUACUUAAAAUGUACAAAAUGUACUGUGUUUUUAUGUUUAAACCGUAACAAAAAUUGUUUUACUAAUUAUCAUAUGUGAAUAUUAAAAUGUUGACUUAUUAUGACCCACUGUUGCAUAUAUGCUACAUAGUUCAAGUUUAAGUUUAAUAAAAAAGUUUCAUGUUUUGAUUUUUUUACUUAUUUUUCCCAAUUUCCUCGUGUUUUA